AUGAUGAUGGUGAUGAUGAUAAUGUCGGUGUUGUGUAACGACCUGGAUAUGAAUGAAGUCCCCACAAACUUCCCCGUGGACACUGUGAAGCUUCGAAUAGAGAAGACUGUGGUCCGAAGGAUCCCCACAGAGGCCUUCUACUACCUGGUGGAAUUGCAGUACCUCUGGUUGACUUACAAUUCAGUGGCCAGCAUAGAACCCGGCAGCUUUUAUAACCUAAAGCAGCUGCAUGAGCUGCGUUUGGAUGGCAAUUCUCUGACUGCUUUCCCCUGGGCAUCUCUGCUGGACAUGCCCCACCUGAGGACACUGGACCUGCACAAUAACAGGAUAACCCAUGUGCCAAAUGAGGUUGUCAGAUAUCUAAAGAACCUUACCUACUUGGAUUUAUCAAGCAACAGACUAGCCACACUGCCACCAGAUUUCCUGGACAGCUGGUCCCACUUAGCUGCGACACCUUCUAGAAAUCGGGAUCUUCCACCAAGAAGAAUUAUUCUUGGUAAGCUCACAAGCUUCUGGGCAUCUUAUGUAGUGCUCAUUUGUUUUCUUCUAGUAAUUCAGGAGUCUCCAGGAGAAGGAGCCAGAUGGUCCAUCAUAAGCUUGACAGGCAUCUCCUACAAGGAUGCUGGAGAUUACAGAUGUAAAGCCAAAAAUCUAGCUGGGACGUCAGAAGCUGUGGUUUCUUUGACCGUUGUUGGCGCCGUUACGACCACACUAUUACCAGACACUUCAGAAAAAAGCCCUGGAAAGCACCCUGAGCAGGAGUCCCCGCCUGCAGCCGCAGGAGGAUCAACCCCUCUACCUAAGUCGGGGCUGUCACCAGGCCUCUCUUCCUCGUCUUCCUAUUCCACGCCCUCAACUACAUCCCCACCAUCCCCACCAUCGCCUCCUGCUUCCUUCUCUUUGCCUCCUGCCUUCUCUGUUGCUUCUGCAACCACAACUGUAAAAUCCAGAGGCUCAGAAAGCACCGUCAGGUCGAGCCACGGGCCACUCGUGCUCCACUUCGGUGGAAAAAGCCAUGCAGAGCUGGAGAAGAGCGGAAGUAAGUUUCCUCCCGUCAGCGCGAGUAAGAAAGAGGACUUGGCACUGUUGGAUCAGGCGCUGCCGAUGGAAACAAAUGUCACUAUACACAAUCUCAGGGUGGCCAGUGAAACUGGAGCGAGUGUGACUUUGACGUGGAACAUCAGCAGCGCCACACAGGGGUCUGCUGUGACUGUGUUGUAUUCUAAGUACGGAGAGAAGGACCUGCGGCUGCUGAACGCAGACUACGGCAAGAACCAGGCAACCAUAGAUGGCCUGGAGCCCGGCACUCAGUAUGUGGCAUGCGUCUGUCCAAAAGGAGUGGCUCCCCGCAAGGACCAGUGUAUCAUCUUUGCUACCAACAGAGAGGAAGAACGUGACUCACAGUGGUCAUUCCUUAUCGUGGUGACCAGCACGGCCUUUGUUAUGGAAAUGCCCUUAAUUUGUUUUUUAUUAUAUAAAGUCUGCAAACUGCAAUGUACAUCAGACCCUUUGUGGGAAGAUGAUUUGGCAAAAGAGACCUAUAUCCAGUUUGAGACCCUGUCGCCCAGAUCACAAAGUAUAGGAGAGCUGUGGACGCGGAGGCACAAAGAAGACGCAGAGAAACUGUGGUUGUGCCCUCGGGCAAGCGUGGACUCUGAGGGGAAUUUUAAAAGCGAUGGCUGUAGACCAGAAUAUUAUUGCUGAGGUUUUGCAGGUGAGAUGAAUGUAAGCGAAGAAGAGAGGGAUCUAAGGCUGUAGAAGACCCUCUGUUGGAUGACUUUUGGACAGACCUUCAUAUAGUCUGUGAGAAUCAAAAAUGAUUUUUUGCAGUAUUUUUUUAAUUUAGUGAGAAACAUCUCAGCUAGAACAACAAAUGACCUUGAUUUUUAUUACACGAAAAGACAUCUAUACAAAUAUUUUUGAGUGCUAUUUAAUAAGCUUAUAAUGAUUUUAGGGCAAUUUAGUUCGUAGAAUACGUCAACAGGAAAAUACUUACACUAGGUAAACUUGGCAUUUAAAAAAGUGCAUUUUGAGCAGUGAAGAAAUACUAGUAUAACCAGCUAAGGCUGGCAGCCCUGGAUGUUCCAAGUGCUUCAGAAGGUUUGCUGUGGGCAUUUGCCGCUGCUGCCUGGUGAGUGAAUGUGAGAUCCUAAUGGAUUUUGUGUUCACAGUUAGUUUUUUCUUUCUCAUCCUUUCUCAUCUGAAGUCAGACAUUCGUCAAACUAAGUACAAAAAGAGGAUCAGAACAAACACAAUAUUUCUGUAGAAUAGUGGUUGUGUUUUUAACACAGUUGAUAGACUGUAUGGGUCUCAUGAUGUGUUAAUUUAAGAACAAUCUCCUUUGUUUCUUUUCGCUGUCUUCCUUAGCUUUCCUUUCUUCGUCUUCUAAAACCUCUCUUUGAAGGCACAGAGAUGCACAGCCGCCAAAGGACUCUGAGCUCAGCUGUCUCUGCCUCCUUGUAUUUUUAUUUUCUGGCUAGAAGGGAGGCCUUUGAAGUUUCUUUGUUGUUGUUCAGGCACAGUGGUUUGCUCCUUUAUUUAUUUAUUUUUUCAUUUUUAUGAGGGUUGGUAUUUUCCCUGAACGUA